GUGUAGGGGGAUGGGGUGAGGGGGAAGGCGGGCGUGCGGGCGGACAGUCGGGCCGGUGCGGGACCCCAUGGAAGGAUGGCUGGGUGAGCGGAGGCUCUGGCUGUUCGGCAACCACCUGCCCUUGCUGCCCAGGAGGUCGCGGGUGUCAUCGCGGCUGAUGGAGCGCUACGAGAAGAUCAGCAAGAUCGGCGAGGGCAGCUACGGCAUGGUGUUCAAGUGCCGCAACAGGGACACCGGCCAGCUGGUCGCCAUCAAGAAGUUCGUCGAGUCCGAGGACGACCCGCUCAUCCGCAAGAUCGCGCUGCGGGAGAUCCGCCUGCUCAAGGGACUGAAGCACCCGAACCUGGUGAACCUGCUGGAGGUGUUCCGCCGCAAGAAGAAGCUGCACCUGGUGUUCGAGUUCUGCGACCACACGGUGCUGUCGGAGCUGGAGCGCCACAUGCACGGCUGCCCCGAGCCGCUCGUCCGGCAGAUCGUGUGGCAGACCUUGCAGGCGGUCGCCUACUGCCACCUCAACAACUGCAUCCACCGCGACGUCAAGCCGGAGAACAUCCUGCUGACGAGCCAGGGCGUCGUCAAGCUCUGCGACUUCGGCUUCGCCCGCGUCAUCAGUCCCGGGGAGAGCUACACGGACUACGUGGCGACGCGCUGGUACCGCGCGCCCGAGCUGCUGGUGGGGGACACGCUCUACGGCCCGCCCGUCGACGUCUGGGCCAUCGGGUGCGUGUUCGCCGAGCUGGUGCAGGGACAGGCGCUGUUCCCCGGCAAGUCGGACGUGGACCAGCUGUACCUCAUCAGGAAGUGCCUGGGAGAGUUGUCGUCGCGCCAACUCAGCAUCUUCAGGUCCAACGAGUUCUUCCUGGGCGUGACGCUGCAGGACCCCGGGAGCCCGGAGCCCUUGGAGGCGCGCCUCAGACGGGGCGAUGCCCGCGCGCUCGACUUCCUCAAGAGGUGCGUGGACGUGGAGCCGGCCCGCCGCUGGUCCUGCGAGCAGCUGCUGCUGCACCCCUACCUCUGCGACUACAGCUUCAAGCUGCCGCGCGCAGAGACCGAGCACUUCGAGCGACUGCGGCGGCUGCGCGACCGCUCCAGGAACGCGAGCUACAGCAACGGGUCGACGUCGCUGCCGCAGCUGGCCAGCCCCGAGGCGCGGGGACAGCUGGGACAGCUCGGCCAGCUGUCCAAGCCGGCGCCCACCUUCGACCACCUGCCCGACAUAUGACGCCUGCGCCUGGACGACGAGUGAAGCCGCCGAGGGAAGGCCACGCCCCCCGCCUCGGGCCGACCAAUGGCGGAGCGGAGUGCCGGUCCAGACACGCCUCCCCUGGUCCUGCCACCGCGCCGCCAUGAGGGAGGGGUGGGGGGAGUGGGAGGUUAGACGAGAAGCCACGCAAUGAAGAGGGGAACCGGGAGUUCCCCCCCCCUCUCCGAGGAACCUAGCCGCACGGCAACGUCCGCCCCGUUUCCCGCAUGUCGGGAUGUCGGGUCCCAGCCGUGGAUUGCAUUGCGCGUUCACCCUCUCUCUUUCCGUUAGCACCGUCCUUGUUUCAGGUUGUUCUUGUUUCCGAGCAAAAAAGGUUUUCAGACCCAACUUUGUGAAUCAGGGGGUGGCCACGUCUGCGUGAUUACAUUGUAACUUUGUGUGAAGCCAAUAAGCCAAUGAUUGAAUCGCCUGUAGAAUACCAGGAUUAGUCUAUAAUCAUCAUUGCUCUAUGCCCUUAUCCCGACGCUGAACGUACUGUUGUCUAGUCGAACCGUCUAAAAUACUGUGGUUGUGAAAAUGUUUCUGACUGCGCAAACGUGCUUCGGAAUUUCAAACUUCCUGACAGAACUCGGAUGCCACGAAUUCAUAAAAAAAAAAAUUGUAACAAUGAUAAAAAUCAUUGCAAUCCGAAUCUGACGUUGCAGUUGUGUCAGAGUGAAAAAUAAAACGAAAGUGGAGGAACUUUAUAACAUCCCUAAAUAAACGAUAACUUUAUCAAAAAUGGAGAAGAGAUUUUCACCAAUAUUAUUUUGAGCACAGAACUUCCUAGUUACGUGUUUAACUUGAAAUGAAAAGUAAGUGGGGUAAAGAAAACUUUAUUUUUAGUGAAGAAAAAUGUCAAAUUAUGUAAAGUGAUGUAAGCAGUACAAGCAGUUGAACGAUCUAUGGUAACCUGAAGAGUGGCCUUUUAGUAUUUUUAUGGCUGAAGAGAUGUAUUUUUACUUAAUUUACUAUUGUAAAUUUGAAACCUACCUUUACGUUUAUAGGUCUAUACAUCACAUGGUAGAAUCUUGGCAGUGGCGGAUCUGAAGUUGUUUAAGGAGAAGGGAAACAAUUGUUUUCCCAAGGUUUUUGUCCUUCAGUAAACUUUAGCCAAAGGAAGUUGCGAUCAGAAUGGGGAAGAUUGUCUUUAAACCAAUUCCCCAUUGGAUGAACAACUGUAUGUCUAUUAUGUGAUGUAUGUACUAUGGUAAGAAAAAAAAUAUUUUGUCUCUCAAAUAUUGACUGUUUAAUAAAAAGUAUUGUCUUCAGUUUAA